AUGUCUACUUUCAAUGAUCUCCAGUUGCAGUUUCUUGACUGGGAACUCUUGAGAUUGUCCUUUGCCCGCGAGGAAGCCGCCCAACAUAGCAUUCAGCGAUUGCAGCAUCACAGCGUACACGCGGUUACUUCGAGAAGCUACAGUUUCCAACCGGCGGCGCCGAUCGUUGAUCGGUCAUCUGCAGAUCGAACUCAACCGAUGGAGGGAAUCCAACAAGGAUCGGUGACGAAGGAGGAGAGUUUUGCAGCACAGCACAAUGAGGACAGUCGCAUAUGGCAGACAGAGCUGCAUCGAAUAAGGAGAUCGAGCUUCGUCGGAGGUCGAAUUUCAACUGGAGAGCUCUAA